AUGCCGCCCAGCCAGAGAGUCGCCGGCGGCGAACUCAGUGGCGCCGUUCGUGUGCAGGCGGAGACGAAGGUGCCGUGCGGCGUCGGCGUCGGCGGCGGCGUGAUGGAGGCGUCGGCCGCGGAGGCGCUGCUGGUGGCGGAGGCGGCGGGGGCGGCGGGCGGCGACCCCGAGCUGCAGGCGCUGGCGCCCUCGUCCGCCCCCUCGCCCUCGGCUCGCCGGCCGCAGCAGCCGCAGCGCCACAGGCCGGCGCAGCCCCAGGACGGCCACGGCUGGCGCUGGAGGCCCCCCUGGUUCACCAUCGCCGUCAGCAUCGUUGAGGUGCUGGCGUACGUGUGCGUGGACGCGCGCCACGUGCUGGUGUUCAACCCGGGCCGGCGGCGCGAGGCGUGGCGCUUCGUGUCGUACAUGCUGGUGCACUCUGGCGCGCUGCACCUGGCGCUCAACGUCGCCAUCCAGCUGCUGCUCGCCACGCCGCUCGAGACCGAGCAGGGCUGCUGGCGCACCGCGCUCGUCUACCUGGGCGGCGGGCUCGCAGGCUCGCUGGGGACCUCGCUGCUGGAGCCCGACCUCUGCAUCGAGGGCGCCUCUGCCGGCGUGUACGCGCUGCUCAUCUCGCAGCUCGCCAACAUCUGGCUGAACUACCGGGCGCUGCGCUACAAGGUGUACCGCGGCGUGUCGGUGGCGGUGCUGCUGCUGGCGGACGUGGGCUUCUCGCUGCACCACCACUACGCGACGGGCAACAAGGGCCCGCGCAUCUGCUGGGCGGCGCACGCGGCGGGCGCGCUCGCCGGCCUGCUGCUGGGGCUCGUGGCGUUCCGCGCGCAGCCCAAGCCGGGCGCGCUCGAGCCGCCCGCCUUCGGCGCCGGCUGGCCGCGGCUCGCCGUCCGCGUGGCGGCGCUGGCGCUGCUCGGCGCCGCCUUCUGCGCCGCGCUCGCCUGCAACGUGUUGCGCCCGGACAACCUGCGGCUCGUCACCGCCUGCCCCCGGCCUUCCUGAGGGGACCGCUCACUCAGCCUUGUGGUCGAGUCUCAACUCUGCGUUUUACGCGAGCGGCUUCCUAGUCCCUACCGGCUGCUCGUGACGACGGGCGCCGUAGUCCUGUACUGAGACUCCACUGUCACGACUGGUCCCUCCUGUUCAGACGUCGGGCCCCAAAAUAGCGUGUGUUCCGAGUGCCGUCUGCUGUGAAAGUAUGGUUAUGAGAGACUGUCCUUUAAAAAAUUGGAAUAUACCAACACCAUUAAGGAAUUACGAAUAACAGUAGAGUUUGUUAAUAACCAAUCACCGUAGUGAACAUUCUUAUCAAAGAUGUACGCUAAGUCCUUGACCCUGCUGAAAAUUGAAGGAACACCGUCAGGAAAAGUGUGAACAAAACAUUAGCACUUAUUUUCUCGAAGAAAAAUACAAUCAAACGCAUUAAACAAUAUUUAAAAGGCAGUAAAAGAGCAUUUUUAGUUUAUUCUUUAUGCCAUAUUUUCCUUUGAGUGACAAACAGUAUCCAACGUUCUUUUCUGCUUCAAUAGGGCUGACUUAUUCACUCGUGAAACAAUUUCCAUUCAGCCAUUACGUUUAUGUCACAAUCUGUCUUUUUCUCGUAUCAGAUCUUAAUCUGUCUCUUAGGAGGAUAUUCGUAAUAUAAAAAUAUCAAAUCGUCAUGUAACCUGCGCUUUGUAUCGCGAAAACGAAGCAAACAAUCACAUAAAUACUGAGAAAACACCAAAGGACUAUAUCUGUUUCUAUAGCAUGGGUGAGCGUGGCAAGACAUGGGUAGUUACCGACGUUGGCAGGCCGCCUCCUGUUUUGCGCGUACGGAGUAUUCAAUAUGCUUAUAUCUUCAGAAUUCUACACUCGACAGAAUCAGUUGAUCACUGACGUCAGUGACUCACUCGCACCGCGGUUGGCGACUGAUUUGCGCGCAGGUACGUGACACGCACCCAGUAUGACUAGUCGCAUUUGACUAGAAAGUCGUUCGUGCAAAACGGUCCUUAAUUUCUGCUUGGCAGGGUCUGCGGCAUCACCCAGUACAAAUAGUCUGAAGGACACGCGCAGUUAUCUCCGGUAUCGUCUUCUUUUCUUCCGUGCUGUGCGCAGCAAUUUGCCAUUACAUUUUUCUCCGCGUUUCUGUUGCGUUAGCGCCGCCACUAUACAGCAUAAGGGAAGCAGAGACAAUCAUAUGAUUCCUCACAUAACGUAGCCCACGUACUGAAUUUAAAUUCGCAAACAAUUCAUUCGUCCUGCAGGUUUCGCUACUUUGAACAAACAUCGUUCUGUGUACUUGUAAUAAGGAACCCAUAAAUAUAACGUAACACUGACCUGUGAUGUGUACCCUCGCAGGAUUCCGAGAUAUUGAAAUAAUGUUUGUGUAUACUGGUGGAGCGUUAUUCUUCAGAUAUUUUAUGUUUUCCUAACCACGGAACAUCCGUAUUAUGGUAUUAAUCAUCAGCGCAUGCCGCCCUAGAGGUACUCCAAACAGCAACUCAAAUGAGUCACUGGGAUGGUAUUUUUCCUAAUGAAGAUGCAGAAAGCUGCUUAUGUAGCUCUAAUAUAGCCAGUCAUGCACUUCUGCAUCGAAACAACUCUAGAAAAUUUUGACGCAGCUGAAUUUGUCUUCCACUUUUUUCCGGUUUUCAUCAAUGUCCGUGUAUCGUUGAGCAUCUUAUUAUGUGAAGCAAGAAACACAUAGCAUAACUGCUUGCCUCGGUGCCUUUCCACUACAUGGAAAUCGGGUUCUAUAUUCCUCAAGAAUUUUAUCAUCUUACCAAAAAUUACAAUUGUCAACGUUAAACUUUGUUUGUUCCCAGCAUAGUGCGACGUCUAUGCAUAGCCAAACCCUUUCUACAAGUGAUUACUACCACUGCACAUGUUCCACACCAUUCAUAAACACGAAACGUUUAUAGUUCACAAGCUGCAACACUGUUUCACUCUUUUGACAAAUACACACCACUAUUUAUGACAUUUCAGCAGUCUACCGAAACUGCUGUUUCCUGUGUUAUGAUUUCCAGAAACAAAAUAUAGGGAUUUCAUUUACAAACAGAUAUUUAGUUUGUUAUCAGAAAAUACUAAAUGAUGGAGACUACUGUUUAUUCACAAAGGCCUGAAAGAUGAGUCUCUGGUUCUGGGCCGCUGAAGCUCGUGUAAGUCGGUCGAUUUCGGGCCACGACUGCUUAGUGUCUGGUUGCUGACAACAGUGGCUAUCUAAACAACGGUGCGCUUAUGUGUGUCGUAGCCGUUAGGAAGUGAUUGCUGUGUGGUGCCGUGCCAAAACAAGCAAGUAGGUUUGUAGUGCUAGUACUUUGUGACGAAAGUGCAGCUUGUUCCCCUCGCAACGCCUCUUCCACGCAGAAACCGAUGUUCUGGUAGACUGUGGGUGCAGCUUGCUUCCUCCUGUUUCUGCACCAGCUUGAGGAUUCGUUCAUGACUUUUUAAAGAAAUGUAGAGUCCUUCUUCCUUUUUGUGUACUUCCCUAGUAGUACAAAAACAUUAAUUGAAUCUGAGUCACUGUUAUGAUAUGUUUCCUAGUAAAUAUUCAUGAAACUGUUUGAGUAGCUCUAAUACAGUUACGAUGAAGAACGCAGUGCCAAAAUGUUUUUGAUGGCAGGUCUUCUCAGACAACAUAUGUACAAAAUGUUGAAAUACCAAAUGAAAAUAACUUUAUUCACAUCAAUGUCCUUUUAUGUGUUUCGGCUAAGCAUUUCAAAACUAUGAACAAGUCUUAAAACGUCCACUCAGCUACUCCAAUGCUUAGGUUUCGACAGGAAGCCCCUCUACUGUAAUAGCUGCACUGCUGGUGUUAUCUCAGCGUCUAAUGCUGUAUAGGAUAUAGUCUUUGUUCAUUGAUAGUAGAGGAUGAAGUUUAGUGAUAUUUGUUCUAUAUCAUUUUGCUUGGUUCAUUUUAACAAGUCCUGAUGACAGUUACAGCCGUCCCAUAAUACUGAAUUGCUCAAGUACAAUCAUCUCCUCUAAUUAUAAAUCGUAUCUCACCCAGUGGAUCCGUCGAUCUGGUAUGACCAAUGGCAUGCGACAACCAACGAAUAAGACUGGAAAUCUACAAGAGAGGCAUGAUUUCACCUUAUGGUGUAUAAAUUAAAAAGUGAAACUUGGAAUUCUCUCACUUGCUCAAGUCGCAUAUUGCCCUUACGAAUAUAAAUGAUUAUUUUCCGACACUUUUGUGAAAGGGAUAUUGAGAAGUAUAACUGUUCGAAAGGACAGAGAUUUUUCUUGUUUGCACGUACAAGAAAAUAAGAGACUUUCAGUAAGGUUAACAAAAUUUUCAUUGAGCAUUAUUGUUAAACACAUUAAAAAAGAAUUUUUAGAGCUACAGUAAGUGAUUUGCAGGACUGAAAAUGAAAAAAGCGAAGGACAGAUCUCUGCUAAAGCAAAUGUGCUGUUGCAUUUACCAUUGCUUUUAUUAAUAGUUUUCCAAUGGCAGCUGCAUUCCGUUUCUUGUUGGCAGAAUAGUAAGAGUAUUAUGGAUUUAAAUUCUAAACUUAGUUGCAUGUUGCACAAAUAUUUUUGACAUUUGUACUAAUUAUAAUCUGUGUUGAGGAUGGCAGAAAAUAUGUGGUAUUUAUAUGCAUGAAGUAUUGCUUGCUCAUGAACAUUUGUGUCUUUAAUUUACGACACAUGUUGUUUUCUUGUAGAAGAAAUUGAAUAAGAAACAAAUAUUUAAUAUGCCAUCAUUGUUUAUAAGUAGAAAUCGCACAUCAUCAAACCAACAUGCUCAAGAAUAAUCACUUGAAAGAACAAUGUAAUAUAAUAAAUUUGGUAAGUCCAUUACCAAAAUCUGUGGUUUAUCAUAAAAUGCUCAGUUGUAUUUUGACAUUUAAUUAACUGACUCUUCAGCAACAACAUAGUAAACUGCGUACACAUCUUUCAUAGGUUUGUGGAAUAUCUUUCAUAGGUCAUUGUAGCUCCACAAAAACUCUUGAUAGAACAAAUGUGCAAACAGCAUUAUUAUAGAGACUUCACUGUAAAUGGUGUCUACCAGAUGUUGUAUAAUUGUAGAUCAUUUUAGUGCCAUAUCAUAAAGUAAUCAAACAGUACCAGUAGCUUAGCCUGAAUUUUGAAGAAAUGGUUUCUGAACAUUCGUAUGUUCUGUAUUUCUCAUGUUUAGGGAAUAACUAGUGUUAAACUGUAACCUAAAAUGAAUUUUGUAAACUGUAUGGGGGUACUGGUUUUUACACAGGGGAAAUAUACCAAUAUAUUUACCCUCAUCAUUAACAUAUUCAAUUUUAAUUCUUCAUUAAGACACUGUACUUUUAUUUGUCUUUCUUUCUUUUACCUUGCACUUCAUUUCCUAUGAACUGUUGACUUUUUCAGUAAUUCUUAGAGCACUGUAUUAUGAAUAUUACUAUUAAUCUUUCUUGCUAGGUCUUUGUUAUAUGUGAUGUAGAAUCAUGUAAGACUACUAUACAACCUGUAUAUUGGCUGUUGCCAUGAUAAAGAUAAAAUCUCAUGUGAUACAUAUUAUCCCCUAAUUGCCUGUAUGUUAGCUGUUAUGUCACCAGGGUACAUUGGUGUGAAAUUACCUAUAGAAAAAGCUUUAUACUUUAAUUUCAUUUCUUGUGACAAAACAAUUUAAAGAAAUAGUUAGAAAACUCUACCAAAAUCAUUAACUAUACACUUUUAAGAAAAUGCUCCCUUUCUUGCUUCAUUAUAUCCCACUUAAAAAAAAAGAUAUAAUGUCUAAUUGAAUGGCUGAAAUUGUUUACCUGCUUUCUCUUCACAACCAGUCUAAUAAACAAUACUGACAUCCUGUUCUUAGCAGAUACAUCAUACUUCCCCUAAUCUACCUUUUGUGUAAUAAACAUGAUGAAGACAGAAAAUGUAGACUUACACAGUGGAUACUAACAAUCUUUCUUCUGUGUAUCAAUCACAAAAAAAAAAGAAAUAGGG